AUGUGCAUCAAUUUUUUUGGGGGCCAGCUGACCCUAACAAUCAUUGUUGCCUAUGCACCAACAGAGGUCGCAGACGACGAGACAAAGAACGCAUUCUUUGAUCAGCUACAUCAGGUCAUCCUGCAGGUUCCCCCACAUGACAUCACUAUUGUCCUCGCAGACUUCAAUGCCACCGUCUCCUCUGCCUCACGGGACCCGCAAACCAAAAACAUAAUUGGUCCAGAAUCUCCAGAUCCCAUCACCAACAACAACGGCGACCGCCUCCAGCAUUUAUGCAGUGCCGGUGGCCUAUCCAUCGUAGACACGUGGUUCCCCAGGAAAAACAUACACAAAUGGACAUGGUACAGCAAUGAUGGCAAAACCUGCAAGGCUUUAGAUCACAUCAUCAUCUCCAGCCGAUGGAAAUCCAGUGUUACCAACUGUCGUAUGUACCGUGGUGCCCAGCUAGGCAACAUGGACAAUCGAUUACUGGUUGCCCAGCUGAGACUGAAAUUAAAGGCUGUUCCUUCAUCACGGGCACCACCAAGAGUGAGAUCUUCCCAUCUCCAGGAUCCAACCAUCACCUCAGCAUUUACCAGCUCCAUCUCCAACCGGUAUAAUACCCUGGCCAGAGAAGAACUCACCAACUGGAAUCUGUUUGUGUCUACUCUAAAACAGGCAGCUGCUGACUCCAUCCAACGCCCCCACCAUACACCUAGGCGUCCCUGGAUAUCACCAACAACCCUAGAAAUCAUAGAGCUCCGCAGAGCCGCCCGUCUCAGAGGCGACAUGAUUGAAUACCGUCGCCUUAAUCGCAUACGCAACACCGCGAUACAAGAAGACCGGGAGAGAUUCUGGCAAGGAGAAGCAGAACGCCUGGAGUCCGCCGCAGAAAACAAUAAUUACACCCAAGUAUACCGAACUCAGGGACAUCGAAACCUGUGCAGGCACCAUUUCCUGCAAUGA